AUGUAUUGUGUGUAUGUCGUGUUUUUACUUUUUUGAAUCUCCUGCCGGUUCCGCGCCCCCUGCGUACCAACGCUUGCAGGGAACGGAACCCGGAAGACGGAUACUGGCAUCGGCCGGAGGACACAGUGGGAGGACAUUGCGGGAUCGCAGGACAAGGUAAGGAUCGGGGGAUCACAGGGACAAGGUAAGGAUCGGGGGAUCGCAGGACAAGGUAAGGAUCGGGGGAUCCCAGGACAAGGUAAGGAUCGGGGGAUCGCAGGACAAGGUAAGGAUCGGGGGAUCGCAGGACAAGGUAAGGAUCGG